UUCUUCAGGUCUUUUUUCCUCUCCAAACCAUCUUCGGAUGUGCGUCUAGAGGGGAAGACUGCCAUAGUAACAGGGGGCAACACUGGAAUAGGCAAAGAAAUUGUUAAAGACCUGGCUGCAAGAGGUGCUCGGGUGAUUUUGGCGUGUAGAGACAUGACAAAGGGAGAACAAGCUGCCUCUGACAUCAUGACCGAGGUGAAUGGAGCCAAGAUAGUCGUUAGGCUGCUAGAUCUGGCUGACACCAAAUCAAUAUGCCUGUUUGCUGAGAAUAUCUACAACACGGAGAAGGCGCUUCACUUUCUGAUCAACAAUGCAGGCGUGGCUAUUUGUCCUUAUGCCAAAACAGUUGAUGGUUAUGAGAUGCAGUUUGGAGUGAAUCAUCUGGGUCAUUUCUUCUUGACCUUCCUGCUGCUGGACUUGCUGAAACACUCGGCCCCAUCCCGAGUUAUCAACUUGUCAUCAGUAGCUCAUGCCAUGGGCAAGAUCCAGUUUGAUGACCUGAGCGGGGAGAAAGAUUACCACCCAGUCAGGGCUUAUGCUCAGAGCAAGCUGGCCAAUGUGCUGUUUACCAGGGAGCUGGCUAAAAGGGUUGAGGCUCAAGGUGUGAUGGCAUUCUCAGUGGACCCCGGCAUGGUGAAUACUGAAAUUACAAGACACAUAAGGCGCCCUCUAGUGGAUAUAACCAAGGCCUUCCGUUUCCUGAUGAAGACUCCCGCUGAGGGAGCUUACACCAUCAUCUACUGCAUUGUAACCCCUGAGAACCAGAUGCUCACUGGGGGAUUCUACAGGGACUGUGCCCGAGCAGACAUGUGCAGGGCAGGUCAGGAUGAUGGCACCACCUUGAAGCUGUGGACCAUAAGCUGCCACAUGUUAGGCAUCCGCUGGAGAUGAAUGGCUCACCUGCAUGCUGUGCAGAAACAUUCAUAUGCAGUGAUACCCUUUUCAUGCUAUAAAUCUUCCUAGUGUUACUGAGUGUUAUGCAUGUGACAUGAUUUGUAGAUUAAAUUAGGCUUAAGAUCAUUGUAAUAGAUUGGUGGAAUUAUGAAGGCGGAGGACUGAAACUGCAUUAAUAACAAUAAAUCCAGAAAUGUAGAAAUGACUCAAUAAACAAAUUAAUAUGCCAAUGAAUUCUACAAAAAUAUUAUUUUUUUCCAUUAAGAAACCUGUUAAAUGUGAAAUAAAUAUAUACUGAAGUGCCCUGUAAUGUGGGCAAGGACUCCAAGAAAGCAGAGGAAUCGCCCUUUAUGCAUCUCAAAAGCUGGGAAAACUUCAGCAUUGUUACAGGUGCAGCGCUGCGGUGUGCU